AUGUCAAAAGAUAAAGGAUUUGUGCCAAUUACCAAUGGGCCCAGAAAGUUUCAGGCUCCAUGGCCUGCGUUGUUGCUCACCUUGAUAGCGCUCGUCUGCAUGACAGCUAUGGCGGCUAUAGUGGUCAUAUCGAACAACAAACCGGUCGCUUCAUGGGCUAUUGGACCGGCUGUCCUGCUGGCUUUCUUCUCAUCUGUCUGGAGUGGCUCCCUGACUAUGCUCCUGACGAUGAGUAUUGCUGUCAUAUGGUGGAGAGCGGCCAGACAAGGUUCCUCGUUGGAGAGCCUGCAUUGUAUAUGGAAUAAAGGGCUAGGCCUGAGGUACAUUUCUUCUUUACGCACAAAUUCAGCCGCCUGUUGGGCGGUUCUCUUAUCAUGGCUGGUGAUCGUCGCCCAGAUUGCGCACAAUCCGUUAUUGCAGCGAUCAACGAGGACAGCAGUCCAUCAGACCACCGCUUCUGAUGACUUGACUUUGAGUGUAGCAUCAAAGAUCCCCGACGGUUGGAUAGGCUCUGUACAGGACGCUUCCAUAGGGAGGAUCGUUACCUACCCGAAUUCCACAUCUGUAAUUCGGGACUGGUGGCUGAAUGCGACGAUUCAAACUCCUGGUUCCCGAUGCAACGGUACCUGUAAAGGAAGAGUGCUUGGCUCAGGAAUUGACUAUACUUGCUACUCAACGACAUCAACACUCGAUCUCACUGCACUGGAAAAUGCAGGGUUAUUUAUAUUCGGCAUCAAUACCAUGAUGACUACAGAUUCAACCGGCUCCCCAGUCCUGAAUUUAUCAACGUUGUUCUCCUCACAUGUUGACGAGAAUUGUACGGCAACCCUUAACAGUUGGAAUUGCAGUGUCCAGGCUGCUACUGUGGAGUAUCCCUUCAUAGUAGAGAAUGACACCAUUUCCCUCGAUACUGAAAACCUUUAUCCCCCUGUCGUGGUUGAACCCUACGUGUCUGAUGGUGACAAGUCGACAGCAACACGAGGACAAGGUGCCGGCCCUCUCCUCGGUCUCCAAGAUUUUAUGCACGACGUACUAGAUACGAAUGUCUCCUUGGUUAUUGAUCAAUCCCGGAAUGUCUCUCUACACACUGGCCUUCUCAUUUCGGAUAUCUUUGCCCAACUAAACAACUCUGCAUACAGCCCGGCCGUCAUCGGCAAAUGCCGUCUCCAAUGGGCGGAUCCAACACAGUACGCCCUUACAGCUAUGCAGGCUUAUCUCUUCCGGUCCUCAAUCAGUGCGGCACACACAAACGAAAACCCACAAACUUGCCCUGUGGAACGCACAUCCUCAGUGUUGAUCUUCCAAUCAAAUUUCCGUUUCCUAUUAGGAGCAUUGUCUGUCAUGACAUUGGCGGUUAUCUGCGUACUAGCCCAGUUCUGGAACUGGUGGCAACUCGGGCGUCGCGUAACAUUAAGUCCAAUUGAGGUCGCGAAUGCAUUUGGUGCGCUGCGGACGAAUCGGCGAAACGACCUUUGCAUGAUUGAUGACAUUUUGAAGGUAGCAGGGGAGACGACGGUGAGGUAUGAUGGAACGAGGUUUACUGAGAAUGGCAUGGUGCUGAAAACCAGUCUACCAACGAGCAGUAGCUAUGUGCAAGAUGCCGGAUGUAAGGGCUGA